AUGCCUUCUACACUCAGCUGGGCAGUUGAUGACUCUGUCUUAGCCUUUACUUCCUGCUGGUGCACGGUCUCAAGGUCAACCAGAGAAGACAAUGCAACGUCAGAAGCUUUGAUUCUGUUUGGUCCUCCUAAGGAAACUGUUGAGAUUUUUCAUGAAAGUAAAAUGACAAAUACUGCAGGGGUGAAUAAAGGCAUUUACUUUAGCUACCCAUGUCGACGUCACAGCUGUGCUUUAGUAAACAUCCCAGCACCAUGUGUCAACAAAAUGAUUUCACACAUUGAAGAUGUGGAGUCUAAAAUACAGGACCAUUUGAAACAGAUUGAAACUUCUUUUGAAGAAUGGAGCAGCGCUGCUUCCACAAAAGACCUGAGAGAAGACUGGGGUAUUGUUACACCAGCGAAAGAAGUCAAACCAGAAGAAGAGAGAGAUGAAAAGUGUCCAGAAUUAAAGCAGGAAAUGGAAACAUUGCUCUCAGAGGCCAUCCAUCUCAUUAAAAGUCUUGAAACUGACCGUGCAGAAGCUGAAGAAGCUUUAAAACGACACAGAUCAAGAAGGAAAAAGAUUAACAUGAAAAUUGAUUCUUGGUCAAUCUGGAAACUUCAAGAAAUCCCGUUAGCUGUGCAGAAAGAACAUGAGGCCUAUUUGAGAGAUAUUAUAGAAUUACGAUGGCAUCUUGAAGAUAAGUCUCAACAGCUCAAACAAGUUGAGGAACAAAAGGGAAAAUGGGAAGAAGCUAACGCAAAGCUUCAGGCAGACGUAGACUACAUGACUGAACACGCUCCUCUGCUGGACUCAAAGUGGAUCCAGGAACUUGAAGCUCUGAAUGAAUAUAAAAGAAAAAAUAUUGAGGUAAUGGGACUAUACAAACAAGUUCAUGAAGAACUUGAAGAAACUAUAGAAAGCCGCAAAACUGCCAAAUUGAAUGCUAUACAACUUAAAGAAGAGAUGGAAAAGGAUAUUGCUAAUACUAAAAUAAGCAUAGAAGCCUACAAGAAAGAGAUAAAUAAACUUAGCCAUCUAGGUGUUCACUACUCUACAUCAAUACACGAGAUUUGGUCUAAUAUUGAGGAGAAUGAAGAAGCAGUGACUGAAGUAUUGAAGGAAACAAAGAUAUCAACAAAUGAAUUAUCUUCUUUAUCAAAAAAGCUAGAGGAAUUGAAAAGGGUUUGUGAUCAACUAAUCUGGAAGAAAAAAAAUUAUGAAAAUGAAUAUCUGGAAGCACUUAAUAGUUUUUAUACCACACAAAAAACAUGGGAUAUUGAACUUUCUAAUAUCGCACAAGAUUUUUCAGAUAUUUCAAUAGUAUAUGCUCAAUUGAUGGAAGAAAAUAAAAAACUUGUGAUCGAUAUUGAAAACAUAUCAAAAGGUAUCAGUGAAAGCAUAAGGAAAAAAGCACAGUUUGAGUCUGAAAUCCAAUCUUUGAUAAAACUGAAGUCAAAAAAUGAAACAUUUCUUAAAGAACUAUACAAGGAUGCUUAUAACAUUGGUACUGUUUUCCACCUAACCAAAUUUAAAACAGAGGAAUUAGAAGAGAAAAUAGCAGAAGUGAGAAGAAAAUUCAAGGGCAGAGAAGACUUCUUGAAAAAACUCGCUCGAGGUGAAGUGGCUAAUGGGAUGAUGAUUCAGAAAAAACUGUAUUCCAUUCAAGAAGAUCAGAUAAAUGAGAAGCAGCAGCUUCUGAAAAAGAAAGCAGUAUAUGCCCUAACGCUGGCAGAAUUAGACAAACCUAUGCGUCAACUAGAAGAAGAUGCUGAAAAGCUCAGAAUUAUCCACAAAGAACAUUUUGAAGCUUUAAAUGAUAUAAUUCAGAGGAAAGAACAAAUUAAAGCAAAGGUGAAAAGAACAAAGAAAAACUUGCGAAGAAAGGGGAAGAAAACCCAUGAUGCACUAGUAGAAACUGAGGAAAGAAUAUCAAUGAUUUUUAGAGAAAUAGAGACUACUAAAAGUAAAACAAGUAUUUAUCAAGCCAAAAUAAGUCAAUUGAAUAAAGAGUUAAAAGAAAAAGAAAAGGAAAAGGAAAAUUUUGAUCAGAUACUUGACAGUUUAAGGGACCAACUUAUAGCUAUAAGAUACAAAAAGGAACACGCACAAGCUGUGUUUGAUCAUCUCGCAAGUGAGAAAAAAGACUGUGAGGAGAGACUGUAUGAGGAAGAACAGAGAUUUAGAACACUUGUUACCAUGAGGCAAAAAACUUUGGCGGAUACUAAAAGAAUGCAAGCUGAUUCACUAGAAGAAAACCUACGUUUAGCUCAAGAGUAUCAGAAAUUACAGACUACUUUCUUAACGGAAAAGGACAAUUAUUUCAAUCUAUAUGAUAGACAGUUAUCACUUGAUGCUCCAAUUAGAGAUCAGAAUCAGCUCUGUCAGCUGCAAAGAAGGAUACACAAGGUGUGGCAGGAGCACUUCAAACUGGUGGUCCUCUACAGCCAGAGGAGGCUGGCCAAGUUCCAGACAGACUCUCAAGAGAGUAUUCAGGAAAUAUUAGCUGUGCAGGAGGAAUCUUCAAAUUUAAUGCAACACAUCUUAGAUUUCUUCCAGAGUUUGACCAAUAGUUCACGUGAAAACGAUGGUUAA